AUGGACAGUUCACAAAAUCUUGCACAACAGAAGAGUUCUAAAAGCUCAAGGAUAAAGUCGUGCAAUAACUGCAGGAAAAAAAAGCUUAAGUGCGAUAAAAAGCUUCCUUGUUCAAGAUGUGUUAGAAAAAAGGAAGAUGCAACAUGCAAUUACGAAUCAUAUAUUGCAGAGGCACGAUCUUUACGCAACACGAAAUCCCCAACGGAAGAAGUAAGUUACUCUGGUGAGAAUAGCAUAGAGGAAAGUUUGGUUAGUGCAAACAGGCAACGAAGCGGACGCUUAUCAUAUUCUGGGUUAUCUACCUUGAUGGAUCAAUUUAUGAAAGAAAAUAUUCACUCUAAUCAUUCGUUUGAGUUCCUGUUUAGACCAUUACGUCUUCCAGAAGAUAUCAAAGACUUUUGCAAACAUGUUCCACCGUUUGAAUUGUGUCUAGUAGGUUGUGAUGUCUUUUAUGGGACUUUAGCGAAUCUGAUUGAUGUUAUAUCUAGAAGCAAGAUAGAAGCAGCCUUACAACGGUUUUUUCAAGAAGUCUUUGAAGUGAAAGAUUUAAUCUUGCUUUUUUCCACACUUUCAGUGGUAUUCAAGCAAAGUGGAUUGCCGGUGAUGAUUUUGAGUUAUUGUGAGAGUGUACAUCUUACCCCAAAACAAUUAGCAGAAGAAUAUAAUCAAAAAACUGAAGAGCUUAUUUCGUUGAAUGGUUUAUUUCAUAACCCGAAAUCCAUCGAAACAUUGCAGCACCUUGUUUUCCACGCAGCAUUGGAAUUUACGGAUCCUAGACCUGACAGUAUUUCCAAUUUAACUAGGGCUAUACAAUUUCUAAACCUCAUUAAUGUACGGGGGUUUAUCAGUGAAACAAGUAAUGAGGAAGUUUGGAAAUUGACAUUGGCUAUAAAAAAGUUGGACUCAUUGAUCUGUAUUUUCUUUCACGGUUCUCCCUUUUUGCAGCAUGACAUCGCUGAAGUACAAUUGUUUCGACUCAAUGACGGUUUUACAGAAACUGUUUACCAAAGAUUGCUUAGCGAACUCUGUAUUGAGGGUUUGAAAUUAUAUAAAAGUACCACUUGUUUACCAGUUGAGGAUUACCUUUCGAAUAUCAAUGGGACUGAGGUGAAGUUAUCUUUAUUAUCAAUGGAAAUUGACUUGAAGACUUAUUCUCCACUGAAUUCAAUAUCAAAGUUCCAAUCUUUUUUUCUUAAAUCUGUAUUAUGGACAAUUAAAGCGAUACUAUACUUGCCGGUUAUAAGUCUGGAUAAUCAAAGUGUAAAGGAAAUGAUAGUAUUGAAAGAAAAAUUAGCAGAAUCAGUUAUCUAUAGCUUUCGGCUGAUUGUGGAUUCGAUCAAGGAAAUAACCCAAGUUGGUUUGCAACAUUUCUACUUCUUUGAGGCAGUGAAGAGAGUGUUAACACUUGCAGUUUGCCGAAACGAAAAUCAUUCUUACAAAUUUGAGUUGUUUGAUUCGUUGGAUGUGAUGAAAGGGCUAGCUCCAAAGCUAGAUCUGAGCUUCUCUAUAACAAUAAUCGACGAGUUGAUGGUUUUUUUAAACUUUGUUUACCAAAAAGAUUCUAAUCAAGAUGGCGAUCAUGAAGGAACGAUUGAUACUGAAAUCAGUAAUUUUUGUGAAUUCCUCAUGUCGAAUUAUUACGAUAAUCCGCUUUUAUUGUAA